UCAGCAGUAAGAUAGGCAAAACCCGGCCUGUCUCCCCACCUAGUAAACAACCCCAGAAAGAAAGGUGAAUACAAAGAAGCUUUUUGUUUGGAGACUGGCCGUUGCGAUCAAAAGGUCAUGACGGUCGUGAAAAAAAAGAAGCAAGACGGAUGUAAUGCGCAGUGCUGGUCAAGAAAAAGAGAUGGUCGUCAAGAGCAGACUAGCAAGCCCUUAGUUGGGGCAGGCGGCCUGGACGUGGCCGGGCUGCUUGCACUUGUAGCAGACACGGUCGUGGCUGAUCUCAGCGGAGCAGUCGCGGGAAAGGUGACCGACCUCACCACCUUUGUAGCACUUCUGGCCUUGGGUGCAGUCGCGAGACAUGUGGCCGAAGCCGCCGCAAGAGUAGCAGGUCUGGCCGCGGGGAGCACCGUAGCCCUGGCUCUGGUAACCACCCUGCUGCUGCUGGAAGCCACCAGCCUGACCGCCCUGGGAGCAGUUGCGGGCAAUGUGGCCGACCUGACCGCACUUGUAGCACUCCUGGCCACCGCCCAUACCGGCACCACCUCUGGGAGCGCCACCCUUGGGGCACUCGCGGGAGAUGUGGCCAGUCUCACCGCAUCCGUAGCAGGACUUCUCCUUCUGGGGGUUGGUGCACUCGCGAGAGAGAUGGCCCUGGCCGCCGCAGUUGUAGCAGGUGGGGUUGCCCUUGGUGGGGCAGUCGCGGGCCUGGUGGGAAGUGUCGCCGCCUGUGUGAAGCUUGUCAGUUUUGAGUUCUUGGUUGUGUUCGAGUGAAGCCUCUGCUAGCAAGUGCGCAAAGCGUAGCUAGCAAGCGUCGAGAAGGCAGAUCGCAAUCGUGUAGAGUUGCGCACUGAGUGAAGAAAACGUACAGUUGUAGCAAGCGCGGCCAGUCAUGGGGGGAGCGGGGGCACCGAAGUUCUGCAUGAUGAAGGUUGUUGUGUGUUGUGGUGGUCUGAUAAUUGAUAGAGAGAGGUUGUAGUGAUUGCAAAGAGCAAGUUUUGUUUGUGGUUGGAGGUUGGUGGAAGAAGUGGAAGGGACGAGAAAGAGGCGAGUGUGGAGGCAGAGCCAGAGGCAGAAUCCGCGCUUUCCUCCAACAAUUCUCGAACGG